AUGGUGGCUUCCACGGAAGAUCUCCUCGUCGAGGACGAGUGGCUAUCACCAGAGGAGGAGCCGCUUGCUACCAACACGUAAGUGAACAUCUUUGUUUACAAAAAUGGAGCGCAAAGAUAAAGUCGCGUCCUUUCAGCUCGCGAGAGGGUCGAAAACUUCUUGCGACGUGAAGCUGACUACUUCAAUAGACCUUACCUAUCACCUCUGGUCACCCUUGCUGUAGGUCCUGAGUCCGAAACCACCCAACCAGCCAUCUUUCAAGUCCACGAAGAGCGAAUCAUCCACAUCCCUUUCUUUCACGCUGCGCUAAAACCUGAUGCUUUCCUCGAAGGCCAAGAGCGAAAGAUCCACUUCGGAGAGGAGAGUCCUGAUAUCGUGUCACGAUUUGUAGAGUUUGUCUACGAAGGUGAUUUCUUUCCACGUACUGAAUGCUACAUGAGCAAAGACGACAAAAAGAAGGUGAUCUACAUGGAACCACGUCUGGUUAUCCGGGUAAGCCCAAAAACAGAUGGUGUCCAAGUCUACAAUACUAGCCUCCAUGAAGCAGGAGUCAUGUGCGGUGUCUACGUCUCUACAAAUGAGACCUUUAGGCUCUUUGAAAUGGUGGUAAAGGUUCUAUGUUUCGCUGAGCGCUACGGCAUCGAGGCCUUGGUUGCUGAAUGUCUGGAGAAGUUGAGUUUUCUCCCAAUUGGUACCAAAGAGGUGAGCAACCCCUUCUAAAAGAUUGCGCUGUGCAGAUUUCUGCUCUAGUCGUCCUGAGUGGUCGUAGCUAAUGUCUUAAUUGGUCUAGGUCACUGUUCUCGCAAAGCAUGUACUUGGGAGCAUCUCAGAAACCCGAAAAGAUGUCUACGCAUUCCUCGAAGAGAAAUUUGAGCUCCACCGACUGCGACUUCCGGCCUGUAAAUCCUUUCAAACUCUUCAGAAUACCGGCGAGAAUCUUGUUCUUCAAGGACUCAUACGAUUGAUGAGCAUCAACCCGCUAAGGCUUGACUAUUCUAACCCAAAGCUUGUUGUUUGUGUCACUGAAGUCACGGUUGCAAGUUCUACUGAAAAAUACGGCUAUGAAAGACCCAACGUUGAUCCCAGAGACGGUCUCACUGCAGGUUUUGGUGCUGCUGCAGUUGGCGAGGUCCUUCUCGUGAAGAGCACGACCAAGAAUGAGUUCUUUUGUGGCUUGCAUCCGCACAUUGAGCACACACCAAAGAAUAGUGAUGGCCCGCUUCACGCUUUUAGCUAUCCUGUCUCUUCUUUUAGAUCAUUAACUUGGCCAAAGCAAUAA